AUGGCAGCAGAGACAUCAAAAGACGAGUUAUUGCAGCUAAUCAAGCGAUUUAGUGCUUAUUUAACCGUCAAGAUGUCAAGUCUCUUCUCUUUUAAUACUCUGGAUUCGCUAUCAGUUGGGGCUGUUGCGGGGCUUGCUGUCGCAAUAGUCUUUACAUGGAGGUUGUUGAGGUCAAAUAGUGAAUCUCAAAGAAGGCAGCCAAAACGGCAAGCUCCUACAACUAGUAGUUCUGUUGUGACUACUCAACCCAAUGCUGUGCCAAUACCUUCUAGGGGUGUUUGUACAUCUUCAGAUGAUUCGAGAUUGCAAAAUGUUGUUGAUGAGUUCUUCCAACCAGUAAAACCAACUUUGGCGCAAAUAGUUAGGCAAAAAUUGAGCGAAGGAAGAAAGGUCACGUGUCGUUUACUUGGAGUAAUCCUUGAAGAAAGCAGUCCAGAGGAGCUUCAGGGGAAAAGUCAAGCAACUGUGAGGUCCUCUGUGCUGGAAGUGCUGUUAGAAAUCACAAAAUUUUGUGAUCUUUAUCUCAUGGAAAGAGUUCUUGAUGACGAGAGUGAACAAAAGGUUCUUGCAGCUUUGGAAAAUGCAGGAGUUUUCACAUCUGGUGGUUUGGUCAAAGACAAGGUUCUAUUUUGUAGCACAGAAACUGGACGAUCAUCUUUUGUUCGACAAAUAGAACCAGAUUGGCAUAUUGACACGAAUCCUGAAAUUGUUUUUCAAUCAGGAUAUCUACUCUCUGUAUUACAUAUCAUCUCAGUUUCACUUUUCUUUUGUGACAGAGAUUUAUCAAAUAUCAGCUUCACGUUUCUCCCAGUAGACCUGAACGGACUGCUCCAAAUGUGUUCAGUUCUCAAUCCUUGGAACAGUUCUUCGGAUCCAUCUGAUGCAUCAACCCAUAAAACGUGA